GCUGUUCGUGACCUCAUCCGAGAGCACCACGACGUUUUCCCAUCGUCGUUCUCGUACGCCGGCAUCCCACCGAUGCGUGACGUCGAGCACUACAUCCAGCUUGUGCCUGACUAUCGUGUUCACCACCAGGCACCCUACAGACUCUCGAUCCCCGAGGCCACCGAASUCAAGCGUCAGCUUGAGGAGCUCCUGAGACUGGGUUUCAUUAAACCCAGCAACUCCCCGUGGGGUGCACCCGUCCUCUUUACUCGCAAAGCGGAUGGAACUCUUCAUCUCUGCAUCGACUACCGCGGUCUCAACCGCUACACGGUUAAGAACAAGUACCCCAUGCCUCGUUCCAAUGAGCUGUUCGACCGCCUAGCAGGCAACCGCUUCUUUACGAAGAUUGAUCUUCGUAGCGGUUACCAUCAGAUCCGCGUCGCUGAAGUCGAUCAGCCGAAGACAGCGUUCCGAUCGCGCUUCGGCCACUACGAGUUUACGGUGAUGCCAUUUGGCCUCACCAAUGCAUCCGCCACCUUCCAGAGGGCGAUGAACGACAUCUUCAGGGACAUCCUGGAGCAGUAUGUUCUCGUCUACCUCGACGAUAUCCUGGUCUACAGUCGUACCCUCGAAGAGCACCUCAGACACCUUCGUGACGUCCUUGACCGCUUGCGCAGACAUGGCUUCUACGCCAAGGUGAGCAAGUGCCGCUUUGCCCAGCACAAAGUGAAUUUCUUGGGACACUACGUGUCUGACCAGGGUCUCCACAUGGACGACGCGAAGAUCACUGCUAUCGCGGAGUGGCCCGUUCCCACAUCCGCCAAGCAGCUUCGCAGCUUCCUAGGCCUGACCAGCUACUAUAGUGAUUGUCCGAUAGCCUUCUACUCCCGUCAGCUCUUGCCUGCCGAGAUAAACUACACCGCUGAUGAACGUGAGGUUCUCGUAGUAGCUUAUGCCGCUCGACAAUGGCGUCACUACUUGCACGGGGCACUAUUCACGCUGCGCACGGACAACUCUGUUGUGCAGGCUUUUCUGACAAAAUCGAAGCUCACUCCUCGACAGGCUCGCCGGUGGCGCGACCUAUCCGAGUUUCGUUUCACCACUGAGCACAUCAAGGGUGAGACUAAUCGGGUCGCAGAUGCCUUAUCCCGGCGCCGUGACCACGACCAGGAGCAGAUCCAGCUCUCUUCCAUCUCGGUCACCACUAUCCACCACUCAGUGAUCGACGAGUUUCGCACUCAGUACCGCCACUGCCCUGACUAUCGCGACAUCCACGCGAUCCUUCGGAGUGGCAAGACUGUCCCGAACUACUCUCUCGGGGACAACGGUCUUGUGUAUUGGCACGGUUCACAGGGCACCAGAGAGCCCCGUAUUUGCGUUCCCUCCACUGGACAGCUACGUGUCCGAGCAGUAACAGAGUUCCAUAACCAAGCAGCCGCUAGUCAUAUGGGCUUCCACAAGACGUUGGCUCGUGUGAGCCGCCUGUACGUCUGGCCGAAGCGCAAGGACUUUGUGAAGGACUACGUCGCAGAGUGUCCCACCUGUCAGUAGGUGAACAGUGCGAACUACCUGCUUAUGGU